CCUGGAAGAGAUUGUAACGCGUAACAGUAAUUUUCAGAUGUGAUUUAGUGGUUGUUAAAGCGAUCAGUAGAAUUUCAUGUGUAUUAUACUGUCAGUGUUUCUAACACGUUUCGCUGUCCACCACAUGUAACUCGCUAGUCAGCUAGCUAGCGAUAUGUAUUUGUUGGACAGCCACAUUGUAGAUGUAUGGACUAAACUAGCCCAAGCUAUCGCUCACAAGAAACUAGCUAGCAUCAGAUAUCGUUCAAUAUGCGAUCAGACUGUUCGUUUGAACUAAAUUGUUAGCUGGUUGUAUAACUAUGGUUACCUAAUCUAAUUAUUAUUCGACGUGGUUGUUAUAAACACAUGUAAAUUAUAGCUUCGUGACUGUUUAAAACAAGCUAGCCAGCUAGCCAACUAGCCAGAUGAUUAGCUAGCCUACUGCAUACUGAUUUGUGAAGAUUUAGCUAACCAGCUAUGUUCCACAGUGCGAUAUGUAGCUACUUGUACUAGUCAGAUGGCCAAAAGCAUUGUUGGUAGUUGAUAGAUUGUUUAAUUCACAAUUGAUCGCAAGGAUGAAGAAAGGGAACUGGUGGGAUAGGGGCCGUGACCGCAAACGAUACCAUCGUCGCACGGAAUGGCAGAGGGACAACUCAGGUCACAGAACGCAGGAACAAAGAAUUGAUAGCGGACUUGCUGGGCCGUCUCACAGAAUUCAGGCUCAUACUGCAGACACCAUCGGUGCAUCGUCCAGGAGCACAGCCUCGGCCCCAGAUUUACCAGGGUUCUACUUCGAUCCAGAAAAGAACCGCUACUUCCGCCUCCUGCCAGGCCACAACAACUGCAACCCCCUGACCCGAGAAGGCCUCCAGAGGAAGGAGCAGGAGGGUCAGCGAGUCCGGCUUCUGGAGGAGGAUGAGAAACACAGGAAGAAGCCUCCCCGAGCUGGCUUGAACUCAGCAAUGCUUUUGCAGAAGAGACACCUGGGCCUCCUCCCAGAGAGCUCCUAUUGCAGGCUGAUCCAUGAGCUGAAGGUGAGUGGCAUGAGGAGGCACAAGCUGGAGGUGCAGAGCUCCGAUGCCAGCAGUGCCAACACCGACAACUUCCGCCUCAUUGUGGCGGACUCGGCCUGUGAGCGCGUUUUCACCGUCAAUGACGUGGAGCACGGUGGGUGCAAAUACGGCAUCAUGAACUUCCGUGGUUGCAGCAAGGGCUCACUUUCAGUGGAAAUGUGCGACAACCUGUACUUCACCAACCGCAAGGUGAAUUCCAUCUGCUGGGCCUCGGUGACCCACUCCGACUCCCAUGUGCUAUUGUGUCUGGUGGGGAUUGCAGAGACGCCAGGUUGCGUCAGCUUGCUACCAGCCUCCCUGUUCAGCAACUCUUACCCAGACCAGCCAGGCAUGCUGUGCAGUUUUAAAAUAUCCACAGCCUGGUCGUGUGCCUGGUGCCUGAACCCGCAGGCUGAUAAGAACUUCAGCACGGGCCUGUCACGGCGUGUCAUUGUGACGGACGCAGUGACAGGGCGGAGACAGACGUACGGCAUCAGCAGCGACGUGCUGGCACAGCAGUUUGCCCUGCGGGCCCCAGUGCUGUACAAUGGCUGUCGCUCAGGGGAGAUCUUCAGCAUCGACCUGCGCCAGAGGGCCCGCCGUGGCACCAGCUGGAAGGGCUGCCGCUUGUACCAGGAGUCGGCAAUCACCUCUGUCCGCAUCCUACAGGAUGAGAACUACCUCCUCGCCGCUGACAUGCUGGGAAAGAUUAAGCUGUGGGACCUGCGUGUCACCCGUGCUGUACAGCAGUACGAGGGCCACCAUAAUGAGCAUACUUACCUGCCGCUGCACGUCAACGAGCCGGAGGGGCUGCUGCUGGCCGUGGGUCAAGACUGCUACACGCGGCUCUGGAGCCUUGGCGACAGACGCCUGCUGCGGACUGUGCCAUCCCCCCAUCCUGCGGGGAAGGACUCCAUUCCCAGUGUGGUCUUCUCCUCGCAGCUGGGUGGCCGGCGUGGCCUUCCCGGCCUGCUCAUGGCUGUCCGACACGACCUCUACUACUUCCCCUACAACUGUGACUACCAAGACGGGAGCCUUCUCUCAGCAUCCUCAGGGGGGAGCUAACAGGCCUACUGCUCUCUGCUUUAA